AUGGUUCAUCGAGUCAUCAUUGUCGCCAGGAUGGCUCCAGUGGUGGUGGUGGUAUUUACCCUGAUGAUCCUGGCCAUCUUCGGCACACUGAUCGUCCCCUUCCUCCUGGCAUCCGUCGUCGUCCUGAUCAUAGUGACCAUCGUGACCAUUUUCUUCCUCGCCAUUGUGGCUAAGACCCAAGCCAUCUUGAAAGGCAUCGGCAAUUUCGUGAACACCAUGAACAACAUCUUGGAAGCCGUGUUCGGCAAGGCCGAUGAUGUGGAAAAGCAAAGACUAGCCGAAACAACUUAUUGGCGAAGAUUGGAAGAGGAGAAGUGGUGCAGUUUGAUAUAA